AUUGAGAAAUUAAGAAUGGAUAACAGAGAAAUGAAUAAUCAAAAAGAACAACAAGUUGAGACUCGUUGGGCUCCCACUACUCCCAUGAAACCCACUUCUCAAAAAACAGUGCCGAUCUACGCACCAGAGCAGGAAAAUCACCCCCAGAUACCCACUCAUGGUGAUGGAGCAAUUGCAUGUUCCAAAUUCACAGCUUCUAUGGAAAAAAACAAAAGGUCCUGUAUUGGGUCAGUAACUGAAGGUGGAAUGAAAAACACUGUUGGUGAAAAUAGUGAAGCUUGUGUAAAGACAGUAUCUGGUGAUUUUCCUGCACUUGGUCAUAUGAGUUUUUCUCAACUUAUGGCCACCAUGCAAGAGAAUGCAGCAUCAGCUAAUUUGAAUGCAACUCAAUCAGAUAAUGGAUCGAUGAAUCCAGAUUUUUUUUCAUUGGAUUCACAGAUCAACUACAACAGAGCAGCAGUGAAUAACACCGGAAAUCUUCAGGACACAUCGUUGGUUGGUUGCUCACAAAUUGCAUCAUUGUCAAUGAAUAUGGAAAAAAAUAAUCCUGUGGGAGAAUUUGAUGUUGCUUGCACACCUAUAAAGAUGGAUGCCAUCCAGGUAGAAAGCACACCACAAUCAAAACAAAAGAGAAGAAAGCACCGUCCCAAGGUCAUUGUCGAAGGCACACCAAAACGAACUCGAAAGUCAGCUGAAGAAAAGAAUGUUCAGCUCAAAGAAAACUCAACUGGCAAGAGGAAAUAUGUGAGAAGAAAAGGAAUAAACAAGACCGCUACUACUCCAGCAGAAGAAACAAUUAAAGACUUCACGCCAGAAUCCACAAAAAAGUCUUGUAAAAGGACUUUAUUUGACGGAUCUGCUGGCACUGAAAAUGCAACAGCAGAAGGGACAGCAGCAAGUUAUAACAAAGAAGCACAAGAUCCAUCGCAAAGCAAUCCUCCUGUGGCCCAACCAAUGGAAAAGACGACCAAGAAGAGGGGCCGGAAGAAGAAAACGCCCAACAUGUCUUAUCCAACAGAGGCCACAGUAGAAUUCAGUGAAGCAUUAAUACCUAGACCUAACACAAGAUCAAGAAGUAAUAAGAAAUCCAAAGAAGAAAGCUCUACAAGUGGAGAUUUUUACAUACUAUUACCUGUCGACACACAAAUUCAGAACACAUCCGCUGAGAGGAUGAGAUAUAGCAGAACAAAUGCAACAAAUAAGGUAUCAUAUGAUCAUGAGCCCAUUGUCAAAACGUCAAGUAUAUUUUCUCCAGAAAGCACUUCGCAGGAGAUAAAGCCCAUUGUCAAUUACAGCUUUGAAGAUAACAAAAACAAAAGAGAUCAGACAACUGAGAAUGAAGAGAGUCUAAAUACUAGUGGCAGGAAUAUCAUUGGGGUACAUCAUAAUGAUUUGUUUCUGUUCGGAACGAAAAUUGACAGAACUAAUCGAAAUGAAGUAGAAAUGACAUUUUCUCCGCAAGAUGCGCGCAGGCUUGAUUACGCAUCCAGUUCUGACAACUCUAAAUAUAAUCAGACUGACAACUCUGAAUAUAAUUCUGAUUAUGACAAGUUUGAUAAGUUCAUCUCAAGAGUGCGAAAUUGGGAAGAACAAACAUCAGAAGAUGCAGUGGACAAAUCAUUAGAUAAUUCUGAUGUAGAUGCUAUAACAAAGCAAUUUAAAAAAUUGAAAAUCAAAACACAAGAGAAUGCAAUAAUUCGGUAUAAACUGAAAAAACAAAAGCAAAAGCAAAAGCGUCUUGAUGGCGCCAUCAUUCCGUUUGGAAGCCAGGUUGUUCCUUUCAAGAAACAAUAUCCACGGGCGAGAGUUAACCUUGAUGAAGAAACUAAUAGAGUGUGGAAGCUUUUGAUGUUAGAUAUAAACAGCCAUGGAAUUGAUGGAGAAGAUGAAGCCACGUCCAAACGGUGGGAAGAAGAGCGAAAUUUAUUUCGAGGGAAGGCAGACUCGUUUAUUGCAAGAAUGCAUCGUGUACAAGGAGACAGACGAUUCUCUCGCUGGAAAGGAUCAGUGGUGGAUUCGGUGGUGGGGGUUUUCCUCACCCAAAAUGUCUCAGACCAUCUCUCAAGUUCUGCAUUCAUGGCCCUGGCGGCUCGAUUCCCCAACAAAUCACAAGUAAACGUUGGGGCGCCAGUAGAGAUCUCAGAGGGGGAUGCGCCGUUGAAUCCAUCCGUUCAUGACGCCACUGAGCAUUCUGGACACAAGAUAACACACUGCAGUGUCCAAGAAAUGCCUCAGAGAACGGGGUUUAAUGAUAUGGUGGCAUCCCGAAGCUCUGGGGUUUCCCAAACUGGCGAGGUCUCAAACGAGCAGAACGAUGAGAAGAUGGGAUCCUAUUCGGAGGGCCACUCAGACAAUAUCAACCGCCAAGCAGAAAAUUCAACCAAGGUUCAGGAAGAAGCUGACACAAAAAGAAAUGAAGCAACUGAGAAGCUAACAUCUGGGGACCUGAAGAAUGACAGCCCCAAAGAAAAUAAUACUCAGGUCCCCCUCAAAGCAUCCAUCUUCCCAACCCAGGAAUCCGUCCGCAGCUCAGAAAAUGAAAAGAGCAUGCCUUGCUGCCCAGACAACGGUGCUGAAAUGUCUCAAAGGGCUCACUCUGAAAGGAUUGUGGCUCCAGCCCAGGCAGAAGCUGGUGCCCACAAAAGUGCAGCAAGAAAUGAGGCCCAAGAGACAAGUUCAGCAAAAAAAGACAGCAAGGGCAAAGGAAAAGAGCAUAAGGACGAAUUCAACUGGGAUAGCUUGCGAACAGCCGCACAAGCUAUAGCAGGGAAGAGAGAGAAGACAUGGAACACCAUGGAUUCUCUCGACUGGGAUGCUGUGAGAUGUGCAGAUGUUAGCACAAUCUCAGAUGCGAUCAAAGAAAGGGGCAUGAACAACAGGCUCGCUGAACGCAUUCAGGUACAGUUGAACUUCCACAAAAUGAAAUAUCAUUUUUUCCUUUCUGUUGAAUUGCUUCUCAUAUUAUGGUACACUGUGCAGCUCUUCCUGAAUCGGCUGGUUGAAGAUCACGGUGAUAUUGACCUUGAGUGGCUGAGAGACGUCCCUCCGGACAAAGCAAAGGAGUUUCUGCUCAGUAUAAAGGGACUGGGACUGAAAAGUGUGGAGUGUGUGAGGCUCCUAACCCUGCACCACCUUGCCUUUCCUGUGGAUACCAAUGUUGGAAGAAUAGCAGUAAGACUUGGAUGGGUACCGCUGCAGCCACUUCCUGAGACACUACAGUUGCAUCUCCUGGAACUGUACCCCAUUUUGGAGACCGUACAAAAAUAUCUGUGGCCUCGUCUGUGCAAACUAGAUCAAAAAACAUUAUACGAGCUACAUUACCAGAUGAUUACAUUUGGAAAGGUCUUCUGCACAAAACACAAACCAAAUUGCAAUGCAUGUCCGAUGAAAGGAGAGUGUAGACACUUUGCUAGUGCUUUUGCAAGUGCAAGACUUGCCUUACCAGGGCCAGAGCAGACAAGUAUAGUCAGUACCUCCGGAAACAAUCCAACGGAUCAAAAUCCGACGGAUCAGAACCCGAUGGAUCAGAAUCCGGCGGUAAACAUCGCUCAGUUGCACUUGCCCCUUCUUGAGAAUCCAAACCAAGGAGCAGAAAUUCUACAAGCAGAGGUUGCCAAACAGCUAGAAUCAAUAGAUGAAAAGAAUAUCUGCCAUCCUAUUAUUGAAGAGCCAACAACCCCAGAGGCAGAAUGCUCACAAGUACCAAUACAUGAUAUUGAGGAUGCCUUCUGGGAGCCACGGGAAAUUCCUCCCAUCGACCUUGAUCUAGAGGAGUUUACCCUGAAUUUAAAAAAUUAUAUGCAAGGAAAUAUGGAACUUCAAGAAGCGGAAAUGUCAAGGGCAUUGGUAGCUUUGACUCCAGAAACUGCUAACAUUCCUAUGCCUAGGUUAAAGUAUGUGAACCGAUUACGAACAGAGCAUUGCGUUUAUGAACUCCCAGAUACACAUCCUCUUCUGGAAGGGUGGGACAAACGAGAGGCAGAUGAUCCAGGCAAAUAUCUUCUUGCUAUAUGGACUCCAGGGGAGACAGCAAAUUCUAUACAACCACCUGAAAGAAAAUGCAGCUAUCAAGAAAGUGGCCAACUCUGUAAUGAGAAAGAAUGCCUUUCCUGCAACAGUGUUCGGGAAUCAGAUUCGCAAACAGUUAGAGGGACAAUCCUGAUACCAUGUCGAACAGCUAUGCGAGGAAGCUUUCCGCUAAAUGGCACCUAUUUCCAAGUCAAUGAGGUAUUUGCUGACCAUGAAUCGAGUAAAAAUCCAAUCAGCGUUCCGCGAAGUUGGAUCUGGAACCUGAACAGGCGAACAGUAUAUUUUGGAACCUCUGUGACAUCAAUAUUUAAAGGUUUAACAACGCCUGAAAUUCAACAGUGUUUCUGGAGAGGGUAUGUCUGUGUGCGGGGAUUUGAUAGAGCAACUCGAGCACCGCGUCCUCUAAAAGCGAGACUGCAUUUCCCAGCAAGCAAGAUGGCUGAGGCCACAGGGACUACAAGGAAAAAGUCAACUGCCACAAAAUCAGAAGGAGCAAAAACAAACCCACAACAACCAGAAGUGGUUUCUGGGAGCCAAAAUCUUCAGGAGGGGGGAAAACCCAAAGAAAAUCCAUCCUUGUCUAUCUCAUAAUUAUCUUGUUCUGUAAAAUUUAUCUUGUUCUGUAAAAUAUAUGUACCAACAGUGACAAUUUUCUUUGUUUAAUAUGAAGUUUAACCUGUUCCUGUCAUA